CGAAAUACCAUCAUAUGACAUAGUUUUUUUUUCUUAGAGUAUUGAAGAAACAGAAUAAAUUUCUUUAGCACACCAAUUGCACAGAUAAAAGGAAAAAGUUCAGGCCUGCGAUAUGAAAAUCACAAGCAUCGUGAUCUUGCUUUGGCCCUUCUCCAUGCUAUUAUUAUCAAACAAAAGCCAGACUUCUAAAACUGAAGUCAAAUGUAAUUUCACGGAAAAGAAUUAUUCUUUAAUUCCAGAGGAUAUCAAUGACAAUGUUACUAUCCUUGAUCUCAGUUAUAACCAAAUUACUCUGACUAUUACAGACACAAGGGUGCUCCAGAUGUAUUUUUUACUCACUGAGCUCUAUUUGACUAAGAAUAACAUCAUUAUCUUACAUAGUAAUAGUUUCAGUAACCUCUCCAAUCUAGAAAUCUUAAAUAUCUGUAGAAACUCCAUUAAUGUAAUUCAUCAGGAUGCAUUUGUAGGCUUAAAUAAGCUAAAACAGUUACAUCUCUGCCAAAACAAAAUAUCACAACUGGAUCCUGACAUGUUUGUGCCUCUAAACAACCUGAAACUUCUGAAUCUGCAAGGAAAUUUGUUACACUACUUUGAAGGACCACAACUCUUUCAUCUGGAAAUAAUAAUUUUAUAUGGAAAUCCAUGGAACUGCUCUUGCAACCUAUUCAAUUUGCAGAACUGGUUGAACACAUCAAAUGUGAUACUAGAAAAUGAGAACAUCACCAUGUGUAAUUACCCAGAAAUCCUGAAGUGCUACAGUAUCAAAACAGUACCCUACACUGCUGAAUGCCAUUCAAAAUUUACUUUACCUAUAUCUGAAGAUCUUUAUAGUAAUUUUCAGGCCAUUAACAAUUCAACUUUUAACAUCUCUUUACGCAACUUAACAAGAAAUUCAGAACAUGAAUCUCUUGGAAAAAGUUGGGUUUUUCUUGUUGGUGUUGUUGUUACUGUACUGUUGACUUCACUCCUUAUCUUUAUUGCUAUCAAAUGCCCAACAUGGUACAAUCUUCUACUCAGCUACAACCACCAUCGCCUAGAAGAGCAUGAAGCUGAAGCCUAUGAAGAUGGUUUUACUGGAAAUUCAAGUUCUCUUUCACAAAUACCAGAUGCAAACUCUGAAGAUACUACAGUAAUAUUUGAAAAGUUACAUUCAUUUGUGGUAGAUGAUGAUGGGUUUAUUGAAGAUAAAUAUAUAGAUACCCAUGAAUUAUGUGAAGAAAAUUAAUUUUUCAAUGUUUGACUUCUCAAAAAAUACAAUCACUCCACUCACAGCUUAGACAUGAAGAUUUUGAAACACAACAUACCAAACUAUGUAUUAAUUAGUACAAUAUCUAUGAAGAUCAAAAAUUAGGUUUUCCUUAUUGUAUUCAGCAAGCAGGUCCAAAUGCAGUACCUGACAUUAAUAUUAGCUAACAGUUACAUACUUAAUGUACAAUACUAGCAUUACUAUUAUCAGCAUUAUUCAAGACACCAUAAAACUAGUAUAUAGAAGGCCUAAAUUAUUCACUAAUAUGAAUAGAUUUUCAUAUUAACAUUUUUAUAUAAUAUGUAUUAAAUUGUACUAAAGUUCCAAUCAGUGAAGAAAUAAAGGUUUAUAUCAUGAAUCAAGGUGAGGAAGAAUGAUAGCUUCAACUACAGCCUACAACUGAUUUCAUGCUCACAGUGUGAUUUCAUGGAUUAGGAAAAUAUUUUUAAAAGUUCCUAAAUAGCAAAACAAAAUUUCCUCAAAAUUUAGUAGCAAUUUAAAACACAGUCACAGUGUUCAGACAUAAGGACUAAUCAUUACUACUGAUCACAGUCAUAAAGAAAAGCUGUCACCAUAAUGCACAAUUGCCACAAUUUAUUAUCAUGGUGGUUUCCAAAGUGGGCAUCACAUUUAUGAAUUUGGGGGGUUUUUUUAAUGCAUUUUUCUGCCUCCCUGGGAAACUACUAUUCAGAUAGGCCUGUAUUGAGGCUGAAGAAUCUUUAAGUGGUCCAUGGACAGCUGUUUGGGAUCCAAUACAUAUAAGAAUGUUUCCAAAAUUGCUUUCUAGAGCACUAAUUUACAGUGAGAUAUUUGGAAGUAUUUAUAUGAAAAUAAAAAGGUAUGUGAUCAAAUUACUACAGGAAACACUGGGUUUAAACAAAGUAAAACAAGAUUCUUCACUUUAGGACUAAUCUGAGACUUUACUAAACUAAACUCUUCUCUGAUUACUCAAGAGCAAAGAAUUAAAAAUUUUCCAAACUUUCUUCAUAACAAAACCCUUUCUUAGAAGUACACCUACUAAAAGCUCACAGUGCAAUAAUCCAAAUAAUAUACUCUGGAAAACACCAGCCCCAGACUGUAAUAGAAAGGAUCUACCUGUGGCAACUCAUUGAAAUUAUAACUUGACAGGAUUAAGGGACUAUACCAAUCAGUGGAUUAAUCUACUGAUGUCUAAUAGUCUAAUGUGCUGUUAGGAGAUGGGUCACUGAGUGUCCAGUUGGAGGAGGUGGCCACUGCAUGUGUGCCUUUGGAGGGUAUAUCUCUCCAAGGCGCUUUUCCUGCAUGCUCAGCUUCCUGGCUGCCAUGAACUGAGCAGCUUUGCUCUACCACAUCCUCCUGCCAUGUUUCUACCUUGGAGCCAGACAACCACGGACUAAAACCUCUAAAACUGUGAGCCAAAUUAAACUUCUCUUCCUUGAAGUUGUGGGUGUUGAAUAUCUUGUCCUAGCAACAGGAAACCUGACCAAUCCACCAUAUAAAGUGAAUUAUUUGCUAAUUCUUUUGUAAUCAAUUAGCUGCAAACAUAAUUUUAAGAACUUACUGAUGGAAACAGGAACAUUAAAAAACUAAAGCAAAAUAUUUAAUUUUUACCUUCCAUAUAUGGGGAAAUUAAGUGUACUUAAUACUGUUCACAAUAACUUCAAGAAAAAUUAAAUAUUUAGGAGUUAAACUAACCAAGAAAGGAAAAGACUUCUACAACAAAAACUACAGUAUAGUACUCUGAGAAAGGAAAUUGAAGAGGAUAUCAGAAAAUGAAAAAAAUAAAUCCCCUGUUCCUGCACAAGCAGAACCAAUACUGUCAAAAUGGUCAU